GCACGCGCUCGCUGAAAAGAAGGCAUUUUGGGAAUGAGGAGCUGAACAGACUCGGCUGCUGAGGAUACGAGACUGUAAUGAACCUGUUCGGAAGUAAACAUCACAGCGUUCAAUACGAGAGCAUGACGGGGGUAUUGAGACUCACCAAACAUAAACCUGGUGUGAAGGGUUCUCGCAGUGAGCCUUACAGGGUUUUCGAUUACCAGCAUGUGCCGAUCUCUAUGACCAUCCCAUGUGACUUCACACCUUUUCAAGCACCGUGUUCGUCUCCACCUUCAGCACCCCUGCGGAAAAGCAGAGCGAAACCUCAGAGCAGACACAAGUCCAGGAGCAGAGGAACCCAGCUAAGAAUGGAAGAGUUGCUGUGCAUUAAGAAGGAGCUGACAUUGAUUAAAUCACAGAUAGAUGAGCUACUGGACAGCCUGGAGCGGAUGGACCCACAAAGCAAAGAGCUGUCAGGUGGAGAUGUAGUGUACUCUCCACUCCAUGGUUCUGUGAACAGUGUGGACGGGUCAUCUCUGAAGACUGACAGAGAGACACAGAGCCCACAGACAUCAGACAGCAGUGAUGAAGACAGACAGCAUGUUCAUGACUAUGAAUCAAGUUUACUCUACAUGUAGAGACUCAUUUCCAGAUGAAGUUGUUUUGAGAAACGCGACAGAAAAACGAGUUACGGUGUAAAGAGAUGGAAGACAGAAAGCACAAGGCCAGAUGGAUAAUUUUCACAUCAUCUAUUAUCUGCUGAAAUUAUUAUCAUAUAAACUGAUCAGGAGCUGAAAGUGUUUCAUAUACAUUAACUUUAACAGUAUUAUUAAGAGUUCAGCUGUUACAUGUAAAUGAUGGACUGGUUUUGAAUCGUCUGAUUAUUAAAUUUUGCUUUGAGUUCUGCAGCAGCUGUUUAAACAAAGUAAAUUUAUGAUUUUGCUAAUAAUUUUAUGUAUUUCCAGCGAACAAUACUAGAAAGAUGUCCACGCACAAUGAUAUGCCAUGGGAUUACAAAUAUCCCACAAAAACACAGUUCAUUGUACUAUAAUUGACUGAUGUUUAAUGACUAAUACAGUAUAAUGUUGAUAUAUUAUCAUUAUGGUUUAUAUUAUAAUUUCCGUUAAUUGAUGGGAAUUAAAGCAUAAAUAGUUGCAACAUUUUUUUAAACACUUAUUUUACCAUUAGAACAUAUAUUUUCAAAUAUAUGUAAUAUUAUAUUAAAGAAAGUCAAAUCAUUAUCUCUGAAACAGAUAUGUCAUGUUUAUAUGUAAAUAUGCAAUAAACAUAUUUAAAAGCGAAUGCAUACAAUGGUUAUAUGGGUUUUCACCACAUGUUUGUUUCUUGUUUCUUAUUCAUUACUUUUUUGGUAAAAUAUUACUGUGAAAACGAUCAUAGAAUAGAUUGUUUGUAUCAUUACAUUGCAUUGAUUCAAUGUAUUUACCAACAGAAAUAAAGACAUUGUGCAGUUGA